AGUGACGAGGAGGAUACAGGAUGAGGAGGGCAGAGCUUUGUGCAGAGCUGGUCUGAACUACAGGGAACGUUCUGCAGCAGAAUCCCAGCAGCAGCAGGCGGCAGAGGGGCACAGACACUGCACGGGUGGGUAAUAAUGAGCUCGCGUAGGACAGACACCAGCUCGAAGCGGAAGAGGACACCGCCACAAAAGUUGAAAAACCGAAAACUAUUUGCUGCCUCGAGACAUGACACAAUAGAGAAGUCACCUCAUAUGUCCAGAGAUGACGACGAUCAGGAGAACCAGCAAUGCUUCUCAGGGCACCACGAAACGCUGCAGAACAAGGAAAACGUGCCCAAAUCUCAGCAGAACAAGAAAAAUCUGGCUGAAGCACAGUCUAAAAAGGAAAACAUGACUGAAAUUCCUCAGAACAAGGAAAACAUGCCGGGAAAAUAUUCCAGCGCCACUGUAACUGCACACAGAGGCCGAGGGCGGCCGAAAGGCAGCAAAAACAAGACUUUCCCUACAAACCCAACCAGGGUCUACUCAGUCCGUGAGGGAAAGUCUCUGGUAUAUGCAUCAAGAAUAGAUACAAAGCCUAAAGAUGGAGCAGACACCACCCACAGAGGCCGAGGGAGACCAAAGGGAAGUACGAAGGUAAACCGAAUUGAUGAUGAUGCCCCAAAGAGAUCGCGAGGCAGGCCGAAGGGAAGCAAGAACCGCAAACCAUCCAGGGCCUCUCUAGUGAAACGGAUACCUGGAACCCCGAAAAUGGCAAGAGGGCGGCCGCGGAAGAUACCAGCAACAAACGAAGGUGCCGCCGCCGUUCCAAAAGGAAACAGAGGACGGCCAAAGGGAAGCCUAAAUAAAAUUCCUUCUGCCAGAAAGUUAGCUCUUUUAGCGGGGAUCCACGAAGAGAAAAAGAGGGGGCGCCCGAAGAAGAUUAUCUUCGACGAUGUUGUUAUUAUGCCCAUUUCCUCAAAGCGCCCUAGAGGGAGACCAAAGAGCACUGGGAGCUUCGUAGCGGUAUCGAGCAUGGAGCUGGAGAGUUCUAUAACCGAUGCACAAGAUGAAGAAGAUUAUGACGACGAUGAUGAUGACGACGAUGAUGAUGUUGAUGAUGAAUAAACCACUGGCGGCCAGAUAAAACCUUGAAAGAACUGGAAAUCCUUUGGUGACCAGAACACACAGCGGUGCGAAUUUAGAAGACAACGGCUUGUCCACAAGACGGCAUUUUGUAGUAGUGGGACAGUGUAAUAUUAUGUACAUUUUGAUGUGCCGUGAUUUGUUUUUAAAGUUGUGCGUUUCCAAGUUGACAGCCUGAAAUGUUUUUUUGUUUGUUAAAAAACGCUUUAUUGUAAUUUACUGGCGAACAUAAUUUCUACAAAUGUGAAUUAUAAUGAGGCAGAAUUUAAACUUGUUUUUUUGUAGUUUUUUUUUCCUAUUAGCAUAAUAUCGCUAAUAUAGUCAGGGUGUGUUUUUUUGUUUUUGUUUGGUUUUUUUAAAUAGAUGAGCUCAAUUUCCAAAAAAGUACAUGUUCUAUGACGUCCUGUGAAAAGGGACACUGGGGGCGGAUAGGGGAGGUGAGAAAUAGUGAGGGACACCUUGUAACCAGUUACUUCCUUCCUUAUGAUGUCAUGCUUCGUCGUGAGCCUGUUUUAUGCACCAGCGCAUGCAUUUCUGCAGAUGGAGAGAAGAGCUAAGGGUUCUGUGUGUGAACGACAGGCUGGGGACUUCCUUAUAGAAUGCAGGAUGGACACAAUAGCACACAUAUUUUUAUAUACAAGCAUGGAGGUGUUAGGGGUCUAUUUUUUAAAAAACAAAAAUGCCCUAUCCAGGAUAAAGGGUGUUGUACAGUAUCACGGAGUUUCCGCUGUCGAUACCAGUGCUAACGCCAGCGGUAAGAGCUUAUUUAACGGGUUGCAGCGGUGUAAGUAUCCGUUAACAAGAUAAUAGUAAAAGAAAACUGAUGAAAAAGGGUUUAUUUUGAAAAACUUUUAUCAUUCAGCAAUUGUUUUCAAACCCCUUAACCGUUUGAUUUUUAUUCCUUUCUCUUUUUAAAUGGAAUUAAAAGCCCAGCGCCGGGAUUUUCAUUCCACUGUGCAUGCGUUAUCGGGCUACCUGGGUCAUGCAUGCAAAGCGGUAAUGUAACCGUACUCCGGGCCGGUAUGGCAGAGGUAGCUAAGAAUCUUGGUGAGAUUUUGUGAAUUGGUUGAAAAUCGCCACCUUUUUUAUUAAAUAGACCCCUUAACUUUUUGGUACAAGUUUUUUUGUGGCAGUCGUGUUCACAAACUUCUCAGUCUAGCUUUAUAAAACAAACGAAGGUGGUGGUCUAACAACCAACAUAUGCAGAUGAGAUGGUAUUUUAUUUUUAUUUUUCCAGGCACAAUGUUUAUCUGUCCAGCUGGGCCAGGUAAGUGAGGCGUUUGGGUUUGAGGUUAUGCGUGUGCUGGGCAGUUACAUAGCAUAUGGGUAUCAGAAAAUGGGCUGUACAUAUGCUUUUUCUACAUUUGUAAAUGAUCGCUCGGUAUCAUAGAUAAAGUGUUCCCUUUUUUUGCUCUAUGCUUUUAAAUAUAGUGUAGUGUCCUGUAAUCCGUUUUACAAAAAUAAAAUGUCAAGUACG